AUGGCCAAGUCUCAAGAAGGGUUUGCCUGGUCCGCCGAAGAUGGCUUCCAGUACGGUCUGUCCACUGCAGCCGUUAUGCCGUCAACCCCCAAGGACGAUCUCUCGCCCUCGUACGAUGCGAUCGUCAUCGGUGCCGGUUUCGCCGGUCUGACUGCCGCUCGCGACCUCGAAUCCAGGGGCAAAAGGGUGCUUCUCGUCGAAGCCCGCGAUCGCAUUGGCGGCCGCUGCUGGACGGCGCAGACGAAUAAAACCUCCGAAGUCGAAAUCGGGGGCGCUUGGGUCCACUGGCAGCAGCCCCAUGUAUUCAGCGAGCUGCAGAGAUACGGCCUCGACGAUUUCAAGGAGACCGUCGCGUUUCCUGAAAACUGCGAGUGCGCUGAGAAGCCAUGGCGGAAUGAGCCAGUGGUGGUACACAGCCCAGUCGAGGGCGCCGCGAUGAUGGAGCAGAUGGAGGCCUUGAUGGCGAAAUUCUUUGAUGUUGACGGAGAAGGAGGGCGAAGUGUGAUACCAUUCCCCUUUAACAUGGCGUCCAGCAUCAGGCAUAACCCGGCGUACCUGCACAUCGACCAACUGAGCCUCAGCGAUCGGGUGGAUCAGAUCGAGGGUCUGGACGAGGAGCAACGGGCGAUGCUACGCGCCCACGUCGCUUCGUUCAACGGGACCGCCCCUGAGAUCUGCUCGUUUGGCGAAGCCCUCCACACACACGCCCUCUGCAAUUACGACCCGGCCAUGAGUGAGACUGCGACAAUGAGGUACAAGAUUGCAGCGGGCACCACGGGGUUUGCCCUUGUCAUCCUUAACGAUUUCAAGGGCCACCGGAUCUUGAACUCCCCCGUGCAAGCAAUCGCUCAAGCGGAGGGAGAAGACCACCCCGUCACGGUGACCCUCAAGAGCGGCGAGCAGUAUCGUUCCAAGGCCGUGAUCUCCACCAUCCCCGAAGCUUUCUCGCAGGGCUCAACCCCCGCUACAACCGACAAGCUGCUUGUCUACACAUCCACCGAGUUCAAAAACGGAUUCAACAUCUCCUGCGAAGGCGGCGAUAUGCCGUACGCCAGCGGCUUCAUCGACGGGAUGGCUGGGGGUGAGUCCCUCCUCACACUGCUCGUGCACCCGGGCCAGCAAUUCAACACAUGCGUCGACAAUCUCCGCCUGAUCGCGUCGCUGCGGCCUGAUGGGAUCCAGGUUAACUCCGUCUACGCACAUCUCUGGUCGGCGGACCCCUACGCAGGUGGUGUGAUGCCAGUGCGGAAACCCGGGUUUCUGAACAAGUACCACAGCGAGAUACGGAAGCCGCAUGGGAGGGUUUAUUUCUGUGGAUCGGACUUUGCGGAUGGCUGGCGCGGGUUUAUCUCUGGGGCUUUUGAGGACGCUUAUCGCGUGACGAGGGAAAUCCUGGCCUGCGAGUUGGCCUCUGCGUGA